GGACGGCCAGCCUUAAACCCUACGCGCCCAAACCCACGACCACCAGCCAUGGCCGCCGCCGCCGCCGCCGCCGCGAAGGCCGCGGCUGCGGCCAUCUCCGCGGGGGCCGCCGUCGCGCUCUGCUCUGAGCGUGCCCACGCCGAUGGGGGCGGCCCCACGUUCCGCUUCCCGGGCUUCUCCAUCCCCGCCCCCGCCGCGCCGCCGCCGCAUCAGCAGCCCCCGGCGCCGGCGGGAGGGCGGGGAGAGGAAGCCGCGGAGGAGGCGCCGAGGGUUUCGACUCAGCACCCUCGCACGAGUGCCGCAGGGUUCGAUCCCGCGCCGCUGGAGCGCGGGGUGGAGGCGCUGAAUAAGCUAAAGCAGGCGUCGGACCCCAAAAAGUUGUUCGAGCUUCUGAAGAAGCAGGAGGAGACGCGCCAGCAGGAAUUCAUUGCGAGGAAAGCCGAGGAGCAGAGGGCACUCGCCCAGCUCGAGAUUGAGAAAAAACGGAUAGAUUAUGAAGAAACUAAAAAACUUGAACAACAGCGAGCUAAAAUAAAUUCACAGACGGCUCAAUAUGAGGAUGAACUUAAAAGGAAGCGAAUUCUGGCGGAGCACGAAUUACAGAGGGUGAGGAACCAGGAGCUUGUGAAGAUGCAAGAGGACUCUGCAAUUAGGCUAGAGCAGAUCCGGCGUGCGACUGAGGAGCAAAUCCAGGAACAGCGAAGACAGACAGAGAAGGAAAAGGCAGACAUAGUGCGGGAGACUAUUAAACAAAAAUCCCUGGCAGAUGCGGAGGCAAGAAUAAUUGAAACAAAACAAACUGAAGAUGUGAAGAGGCGAUUGCUUUUGGAGCAGAUAAAAGCUGACAGGGAGAAGUGGAUCGAAGUGAUAAAUACAACCUUUGAGCAUAUAGGAGGUGGUUUGCGAACGAUAUUGACUGAUCAAAAUAAGCUAGCUGUAGCCGUUGGAGGUUUAACAGCACUUGCCGCGGGGAUAUACACAACGAGGGAGGGUGCAAGAGUAAUCUGGGGCUAUGUUGACCGUAUUCUAGGUCAGCCAUCAUUGGUAAGGGAGUCAUCAAGAGGGAGGUAUCCCUGGUCUGGUUCCUUCUCACGUGCUACAAGUACCCUGACUAGUAAACUGAAGAAUGGAAGCAACCCAGGGAAGAAUGGGAAUGGGUUUGGUGAUGUUAUUCUAAAUCCCUCUCUCCAAAAGAGAGUGAAGCAGCUUGCUAAUGCGACAGCCAAUACAAAACUUCAUCAAGCUCCUUUCAGGAACAUGCUUUUCUACGGGCCUCCUGGCACAGGGAAAACAAUGGCAGCACGAGAACUAGCUCGCAAAUCUGGAUUAGAUUAUGCACUAAUGACUGGUGGAGAUGUUGCACCAUUGGGAUCACAAGCAGUCACCAAGAUUCAUCAGUUGUUUGACUGGGCGAAGAAAUCUAAUAGGGGUUUACUCCUCUUCAUUGAUGAAGCUGAUGCUUUCUUGUGCGAGCGGAACAAGACUUACAUGAGUGAAGCUCAAAGGAGUGCCCUGAACGCUCUCCUCUUCCGCACAGGUGAUCAAUCCAAGGAUGUUGUCCUUGCACUGGCCACCAAUAGGCCUGGUGAUCUUGACUCUGCUGUUGCUGACCGUAUUGAUGAGGUCCUUGAAUUCCCCCUGCCUGGGGAAGACGAGCGAUUCAAGAUCCUGAAACUGUACCUGGACAAGUACAUUGUCAAAGCCAGCGACAAACACGAGAAGAGCUGGCUCCGGUUCUUCCGAGGCCAGCCCCAGAAGAUUGAGGUGAAGGGCAUCUCGGAUGACCUGAUCCGCGAGGCAGCUGCGAAAACUGAGGGCUUCUCUGGUAGAGAGAUUGCAAAGAUGAUGGCGAGCGUCCAGGCUGCGGUGUAUGGCAGCAAGGACUGUGAGCUCACUCCAGGCCUGUUCCGUGAGGUCGUGGAUUACAAGGUUGCCGAGCACCAGCAGCGGAGAAGACUGGCUGGUGAAGAGCCGAAGCAGAAUGCUUAGGAGUUAGGAUGGCAUACUGUGUUUUUUUUCCCCUGGAUAAGAUUGCCUAAUGGAGCAGGCGCAUAUCUGCUCCGUUAUUCUUUGCUGCACUCUCUUGCCCCACUAGGGGGUAUGUUGGUGGUAGGCGAUGGUAACUUAUAAGAGAUGAGGAUUACAUGUGGUGACAGAAACUUUGGCGGUAGGUCACGCACAACAAGCCGGCAGUUUUGGUGAACGUACAUUUGCCUGCAAUGGUCUGAAUUCACUGACAAAUAAUCAAUAGUGGCUGUUUUGUGACUUCUGUCUGGGCGUUGUCUUACAGUUUUUUGUAGCUGUAUCACCGAUCAGGCAUUGAAUGAAUGAUCAGUUUCUUCCA